AUGCCUCAAACGAUCAACAAAGAGAAUGAGUACAGAAUGACUAGGUCAAAGGUAAUUCAUAGUCAGCUAGAUGAGCAGUUACAGCGGCAAGCAUCAGCUCAACAGGUUCAAGUCUCUAGCCGUCCUGAUAGCACUUUGCCGGCCUCACAACCGGGGUCUUCUGAUGACGUGGUUGUCAACAGCCGUCAAUACUUGGGUGACGUUUCGAAUCAAUACGGGGCCAGCGCUAUGGGAUCAAAGCCAGCCCAUACUAGCAAAAGACGACCAUUGGGUGGUGAUAUUGCACCGCUCCAGCAGCAACGAUUGAUUGUGAAGCAAAAUGCUGGAACAGCCAAUACUCACGCACAAAAGCUCACUAAUUCUACUAACACACAUAAUAAUUCCAACGUUAAUAAAAACGCUACUAAUACGGAAAAUAAUCUAAUUGCAUCGCUUGAUAUCAAGGCAUCGAGCCUGUCUUCACUGUCUUCCUCAUCUGCGUCUAAUACAGAAAAUAGAAAAGAGUUAGCUAUUCCGGCAAGAUUGCCUCAAAAGAGACAGGCAACGGAGUCUUCUAAUAAUUUGGUUGAAAAACUUCACAUCUCAAGUAACUCCUCAUCAUAUAAGAAGUCUAGAAUAAUCGACUAUGAGUGGCAAGAUUUGGAUGAAGAAGAUAUGGAUGACCCACUUAUGGCCAGUGAAUAUGUUAAUGAUAUAUUCAAUUAUUUCAGCAAUUUGGAAACCAGAAUGCUUCCAGAUCCCCAAUAUUUGCUGAAUCAAAGACAUCUUAAACCUAAAAUGAGGUCAAUUUUAGUCGAUUGGCUAGUAGAAAUGCAUUUGCGAUUCAGAUUGUUACCCGAAAGCUUGUUUCUUGCAAUUAAUUUGAUGGAUAGAUUUUUGUCAAUAGAGACAAUUCAAAUUGAUAAACUACAACUUCUAGCGACUGGAUCGUUAUUCAUUGCGGCCAAAUACGAGGAGGUGUUCUCUCCAUCGGUUAAGAACUAUGCUUAUUUCACCGAUGGAUCAUACACGGAAGAUGAAAUCUUGCAAGCCGAAAAGUACAUUCUCAAGGUCCUUAAUUUUGAUUUGAAUUAUCCAAACCCAAUGAAUUUUUUGAGAAGAAUCUCUAAAGCUGAUGAUUAUGACAUUCAACUGAGAACCUUAGGAAAGUAUUUAUUAGAAAUUACUGCAAUUGAUCAUAGGUUCAUAGGGAUGAAACCUUCCCUCUGUUGUGCAUCUGCAAUGUAUUUAUCAAGACUAAUUUUAGGUAAGAUACCUGUCUGGAACGGUAACUUGAUCCAUUACUCUGGUGGCUAUAGACUUAAUGACAUGAGAACUUGCAUAGAACACAUUUUCCAGUUUCUUGUUUCGCCUGUUGAACACGAUGAAUUUUUCAAGAAAUACGCUACAAGAAAAUUCAUGAAGGCAAGUAUCUUAUGUCGUAGCUGGGCUAAAAAAUACCUUGCUGAAGGUAAAGAUUUGCUUGACGAAAGUUUGUCAACUCUGAGAAUUAACCUUAGCAGUUAA